UGGUUCUAUAAACUUUUUAUUUGUUGGUUUGGUUUCAUGAGAAACAUUGUUUUGGAGAAUCAACAAGUAUCGUGUCAUGUUUAGCACAUGCUUUCGAUGAUUUCAAGGCUUUGAUGUUGUAAAAUAUUGAUGCAAAACAAACACAAUUGCUAUCUCCAAGAGAAUCAGUUUCAUAUAAUAAAUAACAAAAGGUUUCAUGUCAGUGUGAAGAAGAAAAAAAAAAAUUGGAUUUUUGAAGUGGAAAAUAGCUUUGACCAUUCAAAAACCAAAUCAACAAAUCUCACACUCAAAGUUUGAUGAAGAAAUGUAUUAAUUGCUUUGAAAGUUCUUCAAGCUAUGAUCUUUUGAAUCUUCUUCAUAUAUAUAGUAGUAGCAAAAAAAAAACCAAAACUUUCCCUCAGCUUCUUCAUUGUCACUUUUUAACAACAUUUUACCAAAAGGGUAGCAAGAAAGAACCUUAAAGUUAUCAACUUCAACCUUAAAAGCCUCUUUUAUAACCCCUUUUGUCCAACAUUGAAAUUUCUCUAUAGUCUUUAUUUCUUAUUUUCACUCAAUAGUACUUCUUAGUUCUUAUAACCUUUGUUGGGUUAUUUGGAUCCUUAAAAGUUUGGUUUUUGACACCACAGAAUAUGAUGAUGAUAAUGGAGAAAGUAACCAAGCAACAAAUCUAUCACAAGCUAGGUUCUUUUUUCACCACUUUGCUAUCUAGUAUCAUUCUAGUUCUUAUUCUCUUUUCAUUUUUCUUUUACUUUUCAGUUUCUAAAUAUUUUCUUUACCUUUUCACACUUUUAUUUGUUCUUUUAUCUAAUAUGCUUCUUUUCACACUAAACAAGAAAAAAGGGUCUUUAUGUGAAAAUUUAGUCCAAGAAGAUAACAUGAAGAAAUCAGAGUUACAACCUUCAUUAGAAAAUGUUGCUCAGAAGCAAGUUGAAGCACUGUCAUGUUCUUCAUUUUCAUUAGACAGUGAAAACAGUACUGUCUCAAUCAUUGGUGAAAGUUUUGAGAUUGAUCAUAGAAGAUAUCAAGAUGAUGAUGAGGAGGAGGAUGAGGAUGAGGAUGGUCUUAUUGAAAUCAAACUUCCAAGUAGAAACUUCUCUACUUUAAAUGAAGACUUUGAACAGAAUUUGGAUUCCAUUUUCAAGCAGCAAGGUCUUAUGGAUCUCUUAGCAGAAAUUAAUGAGAUGAAUGAAGAUGAAAAUUUAAUUGAGAUUGAUAUUUUCAAGGGAUCCACCAAAUAUCAAGAUUUCAGAUAUAAGGAGUUGGCAUGUUUAGGAGAUCAAUGUGUUCUUAGUGAUUGAUCCUUAUCUGAUUUUUAUUUUAAGCUGUUAUUUUAGUUUUAAUUUUUUUAUUUACAAAAGACUAUUUUUCUUCUUGAUGCUUGUGAAAUUUUGUUCUCUUGUACUAACUUGGCAUAUUAAUUUUAAGUUUCUUUUUUUAA